AUGCGUAAUCAACAAUCUGGGUCUUUCGCGAAUGUGGGCUUUAUUCACAAGGAUUUGCACAAUUAUAUUCAAGCCGAGCGCAAAAUAGAAAUGAAGGAUGGUGACACGGAGUAUGCUUUGGCUUACUUAUGUGCAAAAGCUGAUGCUAACCCUUACUUCUUUUACAAGUAUGACAAGGAUCAAGAGAACCGGCUUGGCAAAUUGUUUUGGGCAGAUUCAAGGUCUCGCCUAGACUAUGCUGCAUUUGGUGACGUGUUGGUCUUUGAUACGACUUAUAAAACGAAUGCAUAUAACAAACCUUUUGUUAUUUUCAUCGGGGUCAAUAACCAUUUUGAAACCACCAUAUUUGCAUACAACUUGCUUGUUGAUGAGACAAUUGCAACAUACACAUGGGUUUUGCAGAAGUUGUUAGAAACCAUGGAUAACAAAAGACCGGUGUCAGUGUUGAUAGAUGGGGAUAUGGCCAUGAGUGAGGCAAUACAAAAAGUCUUUCCAAAUGCCAAGCAUCGUCUAUGUAAUUGGCAUAUGCACAGAAAUGCCAAGCGAAAUGUUCAAGUCGAUGAAUUUGAAGGACAUUUCAAGCAUCUCAUGGAUCUUGAUGCGAAUGAGGUUGUAUUUGAGGAAGCUUGGAGUAAGAUGGUCAGAAAAUAUGGCCUUCAAAAUAACAAGUGGGUAUCAGACACCUAUAAUAACAAAGGCAUGUGGGCUCAGUCAUAUUUGCGUGGUUAUUUUUUUGCUGGAAUGAAGAGCAGUCAGCGUUGUGAGGGUAUGCAUGCUUUUUUCAAUGAGUGCCUCAAAUGA